AUGUCCCAAUUAAUACCCACGGAAUACACUCCUCUCCUCCUCAAAGGCUUCUCCGCCUGGAUCAUUUACAACGGCGCAUCGCAUGUCGUCCGGGGGUUAACAGAAUACCUCGCCCAAACUGAACGCGCAAAACUUCCUCCAUCAACCAUCUCCCUCAUGGAUUCACAGAUUCGUUUCCUUGGUGGAACAUACAUUGCCUACGGCGCUGCGCUAUGCUGGACGUCCUACGAUAUCAACGAAAGACAGCUGGCCUUGAAUAUUCUAUUGGCUGGUUUGGCGUUGGGCGGUAUCGGGAGAGCGAUUUCGGCUGGGGUUUUUGGCUGGGGAUUUCCGUGGUUGCAACGAGCUACUACCACUGAGAUUGUCGUACCCCCCUUGGUCUACUGGUUUGGCUCGCGAAAGUACGUGUAG